AUGAAGCGCGGGUUUCUGAAAACCGCAAAGGCGAAGAACUCAAAGACGGAGGGUAUCGCGCUCCCGCCAGUCGCAUUGACUCCACCCAGUUUAGGUGUGCCACCCAAGGGAGAUGGCUCUUUCGCUCCACGACCUGUUAUCAAGUUACCUUAUGGGAAGGUUGAGACCGGUAACGUAGCCUAUGUCAUUGACAUGAGGCAACCUAACAUUGUAACAGCGCGGCCGACUGAGGGCGUUGUUUCUAAGAAGGUUUUCGGUCGCGAAAUCUCCGACGACGCCGUAAAUUACAGCGACGACAUGAUUCUAGUCACCACUCUCCCACCCGUGAAUUUGGGCGCUACACUGGAUGAUGAACCUGACAAUUGGACAGAGUGUAUCUUGGCUGGGCACAUCAAGCGUCGAAUCCUCAGCACCCCAGGAUUUCCGCGCCCCGUAGAGAAAACUGCAGACGGAAUGGUAAACCAUCGUAUUGGGCCUUCGCCGGUUGGUGGACUUGGAGUGUUCGCCACGCGUCUCGUCCGCGCUGGAGACCUCAUCAUCGCCGAGAGGCCUCUCCUGAUCUCACAGCGCACUUUUGAUAUGUCGGUCGCGGAGGGUCUUACCAAGGCGGAGAUGAUGCAGGUUAAUAUGCAAAAGUGGGAGGAACACCUUGGCAUCGCGGCAUUGAAGAGGAUGACUGAUGAAAACCGGAAAGCAUUCACGGCGCUGGCGAACAGUCAUACUGAGGACGGGAGUGGGCCUAUUCUGGGGAUCAUUCGCACCAAUGGAUACAAAGUACCAGGCUUGUAUGAUGGUCACGAGGACGACAACGCCAGGACUUAUACUGCUGUUCUGAAUGUGAUGUCGAGGAUCAAUCACAGCUGCUCGCCUAAUACUACGCAUCAUUUCGACAUGGCUUCCCUUUCCUUCGAGCUCCGAGCAAAUCGCGAUAUCGAAGAAGGAGAAGAGCUGUUCAGCUCAUACUGCGACAAUUUACGAACCAAGAGCGAGCGUGCUGAGCAGCUAGCACCCUACGGCAUUGUCUGCGCAUGUCCCGGGUGUGUUGGAGCAACCAAGGAAACGGAUUUGUUGCGCUCGGAGCUGGUAAAACGCAUCGAAAAAAUACGAGCUGACCACCAUGUUUGGAUGAAGGAUCGAACACGCCCUAACGUACUCGCAGCCUCCCUCAAGCUGAUAGCAGAGAUUGAAAAAGAAGGUCUGGCCGGUGCUCCGUCGUUCACCUCCCUGUUGGGGAUGGUUGCGAGUGUCUACUCGACGUCCGGAAACACAAAUAGCGCGGCGGAGUACUUAGAGCAGCUCAGCAACCACUGGCAUUGCAGAGUAUCCACCAAGUAG